AUGGAGCAGUGGCGGCAAUGCGGCCGCUGGCUCAUCGACUGCAGGGUCCUGCCGCCCAACCACCGCGUCGUCUGGCCCUCGGCCGUGGUCUUCGACCUGGCCCAGGCGCUGCGCGACGGCGUCCUGUUGUGCCAGCUGCUGCACAACCUCUCCCCCGGCUCCAUCGACCUCAAGGACGUCAACUUCCGGCCGCAGAUGUCCCAGUUCCUGUGUCUGAAGAAUAUCCGCACCUUCCUGAAAGUCUGCCAUGACAAGUUUGGACUCAGGAACAGCGAGCUGUUUGACCCUUUCGACCUCUUCGAUGUCCGAGACUUCGGGAAGGUGAGUGGCCUCUUUCCGGAGCGGGCCCGACCCCUCCGGGCAGAGCCCCAUGGGCGGGUGCAGGCCGGGCUGUGUUACAACCGGAGGAGGCGCUUCGGGGGCUGGGGCUGUGGGACGGCCCCUCCCGCCUUCUCAGGCUGUUCAGAGUGA